AAAGAAAGAAAGACAGUUAUACUUUAUUUCUUUUGGUCAUUGCAAAAAUCUCUCCCUAAACCCACUCCCAUCUCCCUCUCCCUCUCCUGCCCGCAAUCUUCUGUCGUCGUCGGUGAAAUAUAACGCUCACUCAUUUCCCUUUCUCAAAUUCAGUUACACCUAUAAUUUCACCCAUACACUCACACACUUAUUUUAUAACUUUCUCCCUCUCUCUCUCUCUUUCAUCGCACUCUUUAUAAAAUAUUAUAAUUUGUCAAUUUCUAAUUUUGAUCUGAGUUAAUAAUAAAGUUAGGGUUUAGAAUAUGCGAUUGAGGUAUAAUGGUGGCUAAUAUGUCUUCCACGGCGGUUACACCUAAUAAUAACAACACUAAGUUAACAUCACGAGCUCCGUCACCGGCGAGAAUUAAACGAGCGCCGUUGUUACCUUCUGAAGCUGAUAAUAAUGGACCUUCCCUGCCACGUAGACCGAAAUCUAAGGAUGUAAGUUCAAGGUACUUAUCUUCUUCUUCUUCUUCAACGACGACGAUGACCUCCACGUCAUCGUCGUCGUCUUCGUUUUCUUCUAAUACGACUUCGUCUACGAAUUCAUUGUGUACACCGCACCGGAGGUUUCCGUCGCCGUUGGUUUCGUCGACGAAUCUGAUGACGCCGAAAACGACAACGACGGUUAGUAAGAGAGCGAUGUCGACGGAACGACGGCGGCCUGCAACUCCGAUGUCGAAUACAGCGAAGAUGCUUAAUUCGAUGCCGGCGAGGAGUUUGUCGGUUUCGUUUCAAGGUGAGUCGUUUGCGGUUCCGAUUAGUAAGGCGUCGAAACCGCCGUCUAUUGCCAGUAAUGGAUCGAGAUGUGGUACGCCUGAGAGGAGAGCUGUUACGCCAGUUAGGAAAUUAGGGAAUGCGAGUGGAAAUGUGAAUACGAGUCAGAAGACGAUUGAUCAGCAACGAUGGCCGGGGAGGUCACGGCCGGGGGGUUUUAUGACUAGGAGUGUUGAUUUUAGUAAUGAGAAUUUGAAAUUGAGUGGAUCUGGAACUGCUACUGCUCUUAAGGCGUUACAGAAGUCUAUGAUCAGUGAGACAAAGUUGAGACCUAGUAAACCGGAUGUUUUAGAGGUUAAUAGAAGUGUUGAGAGGGCUGUUAGUGAUUGUGAUAAUUCUGAUAGAGGUGUGUCGGAUGCCGAGAGUGUUUCCUCUGGAAGUAGUAUCCGAGGUGCCACUCCUCGUGCUAUUGUGGUGCCAGCUAGAUUUAGGCAAGAAACUGUGAAUCGGCUGAGAAAGGUACAGCCGGAGCCAGUUUCACCUCCACUGCCAAGAAACAACAAGCUAUUUUCUGGGAAUAGGUAUCUGAAAGAUGGUCCGGUGCAAUCGCCACGGGGAUUGUCACCCUCUCCGGUUAGAGGAGCUGUUAGACCAGCUUCUCCAAUCAAGAGUGGGCUGAUGUCUGCUGCUUCGUCUCCAUCAAGGGGUAUGGCUAGUCCAACAAGAACACGGAGUGGAACAGGGUUGAAUAGUAGUUUGGGCAACGAAAGCACGUCUUCGAUUCUCAGCUUUGCUGCUGAAACUAGGAGAAGGAAGGCAGGAGAUAAUGCGAUUGUUGAUGCACAUGCUUUGAGGUUGCUACACAACAAAUAUCUGCAAUGGCGGUUUGCAAAUGCGAGAGCCGAUGCUGCCAUGCAGGUCCAGAGAGCGACUGCUCAGAAAAGUCUAUAUAAUUCAUGGGUGACUACGUCAAAAAUGCGCCAGUCUGUCAUAUCCAAACAAGUUGAGAUUCAACACCUGAGGCAGAGCUUGAAGUUGCACUCUGUCCUCAAGAAUCAGAUACCAUAUUUGAAGGUGUGGGAUCAAGCUGAGAGGGAUCAUGUAGUUUCUUUGUCUGGGACUAUUGUCUCUCUGGAGUCUAGCACUCUCCGUCUUCCCCUUGUUGAUGGUGCAAAGGCGGAUGCCCAAAGCUUAAGAGAUGCUAUAUGUUCGGCGGUUGAUGUGAUGCACGCCAUUUCAUCCUCAAUAUGGUCUCUUGCAACAAAGGUGGAGCAUGUAAAUGCAUUGGCAUCUGGACUUGCAAGCACAACAACAAAUGAACGUUCUAAGCUUGAUCAUUGCAAGGAUCUGUUGUCGAUACUGACCAGCAUGGAGGUGCAGUACUGCAGCCUGAGGACGCACAUAUUACAACUGCAACGCCUGCCUCCAAGCCCCUUAACGGAACUGUAAAGUUGAUGUUCCUCUCUCAUUAACUGCUUACUGAAAAAUUGCUAACUCUAUACUGGAAAUUCCUACUUGCCCCUUUGCAAUGGUGCUGACUGAAUAUUUGGAGAGUAUCAAAUGGUUGAUCUUUUCAUGGGCGUUUGUGGGAGAUUGCGUAAUUUUACGUGUUCAUGAUGUGUGGAAUGCAGCUGCGUGAUGUCCUGUAUAUGCAUAGAGUAGGAAAUCAUAAGGUUGUAUCUCACCUUUUGUUACGUAUUCCAAUGGUUUCUUGGUAGUAUAGAAGAUAUAUGUACAUAUGAACUCGGGCAAUGAAAUUUUUAUUUUACUUUUGCAAAA